GGCCGGACAUCGCUAUCAUGGGCGGCAAAGAAUGGGCAUGAGACAAUAGUAAAGCUGCUACUUGAACAAGGCGCUGAGGUAGAUUCCAAAGAUAACGGGGAUCAGACACCGCUGUCCUUGGCGGCAGAGAAUGGACAUGGAAUAGUAGUAGGGCUCCUGCUUGAAAAAGGUGCGAAUGCCGAGUCUAAGGAUAGAAGGGGUCGGACGCCGCUAUCUUUAGCGACCAAAAACGGGCGUGAGACAGUUGUAAAGCUGUUG